ACAAAUCAUCGUUGCAUGUUUCAGACCAAUUCCGGCAAUGGUGGCGGCGGCGGCAUGGCGGCGGCGGUGCACCGGUUCAUGGGUAUGUAUGAAGUCAAGAAUACCAGAUCUUGGCGCCUAGAGGAUAUGGACUACCGAACGCAGGCGAUCCAGCACCGUGAGGAACAAAUCCAGAGGCAAUUGGAGUGGCGGCGGGAAGACAUCGCUCGAACCCGCCGCAUUCACAAGCUUGCAAACGAGCGGCGUCUCGUGGACUCCCGUGCGUACCAACUAUCUGCGCUUUCGCAAGUCUCGCUCCUGAUUACGAUCUUCUCUCGCCAAGCGUACGUGGAAAGCCAUCCCCCGGAAACCACGAACGCGACGCUCGUGUUCUUCCAAGGCUCGACCAGUGCCAUCUCCAUCCUGUGCUUGAUGUUGUGCAUGUUACGCUGCCUCAUGCUCACCAUGGCCACCCUCAACUACGCUACGACAAAACUCGAACACGAGCUAGCCCUCGUGCCCAAUGAACUUCUAGACAUCGACUCGCCGUUCGAUCGAUGGUGGCAGAAGGAAUGCGGGGUCGAUUGGGUCUACUCGUACAAGCUUUUCCUCGCAGGCAUGGCGUUGCUGCCGAUCUCGGUGGUGCUCAUCAACUCGUCCCUGUACGACUGGUCGUGGCUUAGUGUCGGAGGCAUGACCUGCCUAUUCUUUCUGCUCUGGCGAUGCCAAGUCCAAGGCAAGUGGCGGUAUGUCCUGCACACUCGCCCGGCUACCACCACCCCCCCCUCACCCGUUGCAAGCCAAGCCACGACUAGGCAGUGAACACCCCUUACUGUAGUUGCAAGUAAGCUUAGUAUUCAUGCACUGUACUACGUCACAGAGUGUCCGCGUACUAGUUAUUAGUUAUACGCGAGAACAGCACGAGCUACUACCUACAGCCUCGUUGCUCACCUCGCCCAUAGUCGCAAAGCACAUGUUACAUUAGGUAGUAAAAAAACUAGACCAGUCCUUUCUUGAUGAGCAUGGCUUCGAUCUUGGGGUCGCGGCCACGGAAGAGGCGGUAGCCUUCCAUGAGGUCUCGGGUGUUGCCGGCCGAGUAAAUAAACUUCUUGGCGCGGUCGGCCGUGUCCUUGUCAAAGAUAUCGCCGGCUUCAACAAACGCGUCGAACGCAUCGGCAUCCAACACUUCGGCCCACAGGUACACAUAGUACCCCGACGCGUACCCGGACGAGGCAAAGAGGUGGCUAAAGUGGGGAAUGCGGUGGCGCAUCACGAUACCCGCGGGCAUCUGGAGCUUGUCCAACGUGGCUGUUUCGAACGCCGUCAAGUCAAGGCCGUCCACGUCUUCGAUCGCAUGCAGCGCCUGGUCGACCAGCGCGCACGCCGUGUACUCAACGGUGGCAAAGCCCUGCUGGAACUUGAGCGCGGCCAUAACCUUGGCCAGCAGCUCCGCCGGGAUGGGCUCAUUCGUUUCAAAGUGGCGCGCGUGCUUUGCGAGCACUUGGGGCUGGCGAACCCAGUGCUCCAUGAGCUGGGACGGCAGCUCGACAAAGUCCUUUAGCACGCUCGUGCUCGCGAGGCGCUGGUACGUCGAGUUGGACAGCAUGCCGUGCAGCCCGUGGCCAAACUCGUGGAACAACGUCACGCAGUCGUUAAACGAGAGAAGCGUCGUGGGGUGGCCCUUGGUGAAGUUGUUGUUGUUGAUCACGAUGGGGAUCUCGGCCGUGCCGACGUCGUCGAUGUUGCGGCUCUGCGACCGGAACUCGCUCAUCCAUGCACCGCUGUUCUUGUGUGCGCGGGCAAAGUUGUCGUGGAGAAACAGCGCCACGACGUCGCCGCUGUCGUUCGUGACUUGGUACACGAGCACGUCCGGGUGGUACGCCUUCAGAUCUGGGCGCAGCUCGAAUCGAAGCCCGUACAACCGGUGGGCUACAUCAAACACGGCUUCGACCAUGCGCUCGAGGCUGAAAUACGGCUUCACGAUCGAGUCAUCCAGGUUGUACUUGGCAGCGCGGACCUUUUCCGAGUAGAAGCGCCAGUCGGACGCGCGGAUCUCGGCGCUUUCGCCGAUAGACACGGCGUACGCAGACAACACAUCGCGCUCCUUGUUGGCCGCCGCCUUGGCCGGGGUCCACACGCGGUUGAGCAGCUCCAAAACCUUCUCCGGGGUCUGCGCCAUCGUGUCCACGGUCUGGUAGUCAGCAAACGACUUGUACCCGUGCAACUUGGCUUGUUGCGACCGAAGCUUGAGGAUCUGAACGGCCAAGCUCAGGUUGUCGCGCUCGGGAGAGAGCUCGCCGCGCGACGUCCAUGCCUUCCACACGCGUUCACGCGCGUCGCGGUUGGGACAGAAGGUAAGGAACGGUUCCACAAGGGACCGACCGAGGGUGAUCACAUGACCGUCCAAGUUGCGGUCCGCGGCAGCUUGGCGCGCGGCGGCGACAAUGUCGGCGGGAACGCCUUCGAGUUCGGCCGCAGUCACAGGCACCGUGACUUCGCUUUCGUCCGUGGUGACUUGCUGACGGAACUUGGUCGUCAAUUCCGCGAGUUCCUUGACGAUCGCGUUGUAUUUGUCUUGCGUUUCCUUGUCAAAGAGCGCGCCUUUGCGGACAAAGUCCAGGUAAAAUCGCUCCACGAGACGCAGUUGCUCGGGGGUGUACCCGGCCGACGCCCGAUGGCUGUGCACGUGCUGAAUGCGUUCGAACAGACCGGGGAAGGUCGUCACCUUAGCGUAAUGCUCAGCCAAUGGCCCCGCGAGUUCAGUUUGCACGGCUUGGAGAUCGGGAGGGCAAAAUGACGCGGUGAGGUUGUAGUACACGCCGGCGACGCUUUGGAACAGGGCACCAGCACGAUCGAAGGUCUUGAUCGUGUUGUCAAAGGUAGGGUCCUCGGGGUUGUUGGCGAUUUGCUUGAGUUCUUCGAGGUGCUUCUCUUGGCUCGACGCGAACGCGGGUUUGAAAUGACUCGCUUUGAUCUCUUCGAAGGGCGGGAAGGAGAACGGUCGCACGGACCAGUCAGCCAGAAGGGGAUUGUUUGAGGUAGACGACAUGCUUCGCACACGGAGAGAGGAAGCAAGGAGCGUGCGGCGACGGAACGAAGAGCGGAGAAGUGCGUUCGUGGUGGCUGAUUGCUGAAUGACAACCAUGGAAGGAAGCGGUGGCCGCCUUACAGUUGCAGUUGAG